AGCUCACAGUGAACCAGCUGGCGGCUCCAUGGAUCCACAAACCACUGGUGGCGCCAUUUCUCCGCAAGAUUCCCAAAGUGGCCACAGCAUACUGUGUACAAAGCCAUUAGAAGAACGUAAAAGGAGCCAUUCACGGCGUUUGCGCAGGAAGCGGAAUAGCGAGUUAUGGCGCAUAUUUCGAUGGGAAACGUCUCCUGGGAUGGGCUUAAUUAUCGGAAUAAGGGUGCCCGCGUUUAGUCCGCGGUAGGAUUCGGGAGUUGUCCGGCUGAUGGCACACUAAACCAGUAAACUACACCGUAAAACCCCGGAGAAGAACUCAUCCUGGUCAUAAAAUCGCAAAGGGAUUUUCUAUCUCCCAUCAGGAGGAAUCAUCACGCAGCGUCCUGACGAAAGGGAAUGGAAAACGAUGUAAGGAGCCGCAGUGGAAGACGUGUUGCAGAUCAGGUGGAGAACAGAGCUGUCAGCUUCUAGCGCUUUGGACACCACCGACUAAUUAAUCUGGCUGCUCGAUGGUAUGUGUCGGCUUUACCUGACAGCCGGCAGAUAGCAGAGGACUCUCCGGAGCUUUAAUGCGUUAGGAGUCCAUUCAUGUCUCGGUUGUUGCAAUGACGUCUGAAUGGUUUUCUUACAUCGAGCGCUGAGACAUUUCGACAUUAAUCCGCCCGAUCGGUGAUCCCGUGUCGGGAAGAGACUGACGGAGGGAUAUGGGAAAGGGAGCGGAACCGAUGCAGUGGGUCUCUGCUAGGCAUCGUCAAAACACAGGGCAGUGAUGCCUGGGAUGGUGAUGUUUCGGCGGCGCUGGUCAGUCGGCAGUGAUGACCUAGUGCUGCCUGCCCUCUUUCUUUUUUUAUUGCACUGUAUCUGGUUGGUGGUACUGUCCGUGGUUCUCUUCGGCCUCGGGUACGGCUCAGACCUGUCGUGCUCCAGCACGCUGGUGGAUCAUGGAAGAGGGUACUUGGGCAUCCUUGUCAGCUGCCUCAUAUGUGAAAGUGCCAUCAUGUGGUUGAGCAUGAGGGGCAGCAUUCUGUACACGCAACCCAGGGAAGCUGUGCAGUAUGUUAUCUACAUCAGACUAGCUAUUCUUCUUGUGGAACUAGUGUAUGCUGUAGUAGGAAUUGCCUGGCUCGUCCAGUAUUACCAGCCGUGCUCUGAUGUCACUGCAAAAAACCUGGCUUUGGGAAUCGUUUCAUGUAACUGGCUGGUGAUCCUCAGCGUUUGCAUUACCCUCAUGUGCACCUUCGAUCCUACUGGACGGACUUUUGUAAAGCUCAAAGCAACCCGUCGGCGACAGCGGAACCUAACUACAUACACUCUUAGACACAGACUAGAAGAGGGCCAGGCCAGCAGCUGGAGCAGAAGACUGAAAUUCUUCAUGUGUUGCACAAGAGCUCAAGAUACUCAAUCGGAUGCAUAUUCGGAAGUUGCCAGUCUUUUUGCGGAGUUCUUCAGAGACCUGGACAUUGUGCCGAGUGAUAUUAUUGCCGGACUCGUGCUUCUCCGUCAAACACAGAGGUCUAAAAGAUCCAAUGUCCUGGGCCAGGCAAACAAUGACAUUAUAGCGUUCUUAUCAGGAAUACCAGUUACUCGUAGUACCAGAUACCUGGACCUCAAGAACUCUGCUGAGAUGAACAUGUACAAGGAGGUGUGUUAUUAUAUGCUCUUUGCCCUGGCUGCAUAUGGUUGGCCCAUGUACCUGAUGAGGAAGCCUGGCUGUGGGCUGUGCCGCCUCGCCAGCUCCUGCCCCUCAUCAGUGUCUGGCUCUCGGUUGUCUCAGUCUGUGACGGUGGAAGAGGACAACUGCUGCGGUUGCAACGUCCUGGCCAUACGCAGACAGUUCCUCGAUCAGGAUCUCAAGCAGGUUCACAUUGUCUACACAUCCUGCCAUGAUGCUGUUUACGAAACUCCGUUCUUUGUGGCGGUGGAUCAUGCAAAAAAGAAAGUCGUCAUCAGUAUCAGGGGGACCCUUUCACCAAAGGACGCCUUGACUGAUCUGACAGGAGACUCUGAACGUUUGCCGGUGGAGGGGCAGCAUGGGACCUGGCUUGGUCACAAGGGAAUGGUUUACUCAGCAGAAUACAUUAAGAAGAAAUUGGAGCAGGAAAUGAUCUUGUCACAAGCUUUUGGAAGAGACUUGAGCAAGGGCACCAUGCAUUAUGGGCUGGUGAUAGUCGGGCACUCUCUUGGGGCAGGCACUGCUGCUAUCCUCUCCUUCCUGCUCAGACCUCAGUACCCCACACUCCACUGCUACUCUUAUUCUCCACCUGGUGGCCUUCUGAGUGAGGAUGCCAUGGAGUACUCCAAAGAGUUUGUCACAUCUGUGGUAUUAGGAAAAGACCUCGUGCCAAGGCUCGGCCUGUCUCAGCUGGAGGGUUUCAGACGGCAUCUUCUGGAGGUCUUACAGAAAAGUAACAAGCCAAAGUGGAGGAUCAUUGUGGGCGGUACCAAAUGCAUCCCGAAAUCAGAGCUUCCAGUGGAGGACGACGAUCCUCCAUCUCAGUCCACAGCGCCCCCCAGCAGCCGCCUGUGGCUACACGCUAGUGACCUCAGCAUCGCACCGUCGGCCUCCACACCUCUCUAUCCUCCUGGCAGGAUCAUCCACGUGGUGCACAACCAUCCACCAGAGUCAUGGUGCGGACAGGAAGAGCCGACUUACUCUGCUCUCUGGGGAGACAACAAGGGGUUCGACGAGGUCAUCAUAUCGCCAGCCAUGCUGAAUGAGCACAUGCCUCACAUGGUUAUGGAGGGCCUAAAUAAGGUGCUGGAGAACUACAAUAAAGGAAAAACGGCUCUCUUGUCAGCAGCCAAGAUCAUGGUGAGCCCCACCGAAGUAGACCUGAACCCAGAGACCAUUUUUGAGGAUGCGGCUUCUCAGGAGCCGACGCCCAUGGCGGCCCACCACCGCAGGAAUAGCAGCGUUCGAGAAAAACCUUUGUUACGUUCGUGUGCCCAGUCUGAGAUAUCUCUGGAUGGUUUCUCUGAGUGCCCUCCUCCCCCAGUUCCUGUAGUGCUGCGUGGAGCACGGGAGCGGCUAACGGUGGAGCUUAGGGACCGUAAAGCUCCACUGGCCGUCAUGGAAAGCCUCUCAGACGCAGAGUCCCUCUACAGCCUGGAUUCCCGGCGCUCCUCAGCGGCCUUCAGAGGGUCGCCAAUGCUGGGUAGUUUACCGUUCCCUUUGGAUGCCCCAAUACCAGAGGAGAACCCAUCUCUCAGUUCCCGGACUGAACUGUUGGCUGCAGAUUGCCUCUGCCAGGCCUCACCAGAGCACCUCGGUGAAGUUGGGCCGUUCUUUACCCCACAUGAAUGCAGAUCCACUCCAGAUUACCCCAUGAAGCUUUCUCCUGCCACGCCACGCUACAGCGGACCCCACUCCCCAGCUCUUUUAAAUCUGCCUAUCAAACACGAGCCUAACGCAGCAUCAGCAAUGGUUAAUGAUGCAGAUCAGAUGCCGGGUGUCUACAGCCCAGGGAGCACUCCAAACGCUCCCCUAAGCCCACAGAUUGGUUCUAGAUUAACGGAUCUUAAAAGAGAGGAUUUAGGGUUUGAGACGACAGAGAAACCAUUGAGUGAAGAACCCAGUCUGGCAGCUUUUACUGCUCCACCUCCGCUUACUAAUGGGAACCCCAGUCAGGCUGUGCUAGAGUUUGCCCAGUACUUAGACUCUCUCUUUAGAUUGGAUGGUAGCAGCUCGCCGCCCCUGGACCUGUCUGAUGGGGAGUCGGAGUCUGGGAGGGGCUCCUUUGGACAGAGUGAGUGUCUCGGAGAUGGACAGCAGCUGGAUGAUGCGCAACUGCUGGCCAGAGCGACAAUGGAGCCUAACCUUGUUCCCAAACCUCCACGCACUUUUGCUGGCUCUGCCGAUCCUUCUUCAGGCAUAUCAUUGUCCCCAUCAUUUCCUCUCUCCUCAUCAGAGGAGCUCAAUGACCUUUCACCAAGCGAGGGCGUCCUGCCAGUAAUAAACUCCCUACGAACAUCCAGCCCCUGCCACUGUCCUGAAGAGAACACGCUCUCAUCAGUAGUUUAGGGUGUUCUGGAGGCUUUGCUCCAAACGGAGAGGUCAGGUGAUUUAAACAUAUCCCGACACAUCCACAGAAUGGAAUCCUGACACUCCGAGAUCCAGUGAGCAGACCUAAUGGACCAACGCACACACUACAUUCAUUCUUCAGGUGUCUCUUUUCAACAUUUUCACAGUAUUGCAAUGACAACAAAAAAAGAAGAUGCCUCUCUCUGUAUGCCAGGGUGCUGUGCUGCUUCGCAACUGUAGCUUCACAAUGCCAAUCCAGAACAAUGUCUAACCCACAUGGGGACAUUUUUACAUUUCGUCUAGUUCCCUGAUUUAGCAAAAGCAAAGGGAGAACCAUUAACUGAGCAGGUAAUCAGAAACUGAUGCUGUCGGAACGGUUAGCAGAGGCACAACAUCUUGGUCGGUGUACUGGACCUCUUCCUGCUUCUUCAGCUGUUCUGAGAACUUGACCAGCUUCAGUUUUAUUUCAUCAUGUUUUGGUUGUUUUCUUUUUUUGUUUAUUUUUUUAGAAAUCCAGAAUGUGAAGAUGGGAUAUUUGUUUAUAAAAAGAAGUUAAAAAAAAAUACAAAACAAUAAGAAACGUUCCUCAGGUCUACAAAGAACUGACUUGGAGAAAGAGAGUGCGUGAUGUUGGUGAGAAUACCCGUGUCUUAAACAUUAAGUGAUUGUGACGAAGUUAUAUCAGAUGCCUAUGGAUGUUUUUGAAGUCUUUUGGUUACACUUUAUAUUGCAUGGCAAUUUUUUUAUUAAGUUAUUCAAAGGGGAACCUGUCACUAAGCCACCUAGAUUGACGUUUUUGUUACUCUUUACACACAUUGUUCAGUUUACCACUUUUGCCAAAAAAGAAAAAAACAACACCUUGUCUUGCCAAAUGUAUUUAUGAGAUGUAAUUUUUUAAAUAUAUAUGUAUAUUACCUUAUUUAAGCACAGGCUUAGUUCAGUAUUUCCUUUCUAGUUAUUCUGUCAGUUCCCAUCCAGACUGUUACACCACAGAGACAAUGUCAUCCAGACAUUAAAAUGCUGCCAUACCUGUCAUGUAAAAAAAAACAACAAAAACCUGAGCACGCUGGGGUUAAACCAAUAUCAAACUUGCUAAUUGUCUUAAAAUAUCUUGUUCAGAAAGUUUGCAUGCCUAAUUCAUUUCAAUGUAGCAUGGCUUGUAUAUAACAAGUCUUGUCAUCAAGUCGCAGUAAAGAUGCUCUGAACUUGUCCAGAAAGGAAGAAAAUAGUCACCGUAUCUCGAUCAUUAUUACGUAACCCAAGUUUAGACUAGUGGUUAAUCCGCAGUCAAAGUGUAUCAGGAGGUGUUUUUGUAUUCCUACUGACGGUGCUUUCAUGUUUGAAGGUCAACUGUUUUACUUCCCUUUAAUCCGGCUUAUCCUAUUUAACGUUGGACUGACUUCUCGAAUGGCAUUCAGUCAUCCAUAGCACUUUGAGUUUGACAAGUUGCUCAUGUUUUGCAAUUUUUAAUACAGUAAAUGUUGUCACUUUUAACACUAUAUUUGAUGGGUUUUAUUAGUCCUGCAAAAGAAUGGCUUUGGUGUCGUCGUUCUCCUAUGUUUUUAGGACAGUAUGGGGGAAACUCAUCCCAGAUGCAAGUUCUCUAUAAGGAGCCGUCUUUCCCCUUUUCUACGAGUAAUGUGUAACAUUCUGCCAUGGCAUGCUUAUGUUUUUACAUUUGUUUUGUUUGUCUUUUAGUAAUCUUCACCAAUUCCUCAAAGUGAUUAGACCUGCUGCAAAACAACAUUUGAUGCCACUCUCAAGGCCUCACUAACCAUUUGCACAGCUUCUGUAAUGGGAAAUAGAUCUACUAUAGUUACAGCAAACUGGUUUAAAUGAGACAUUAAUUAGACCCUAUUACCAGUCCUGGUAGGCACAUUAAUGUCGGACUGUUUCUACUUGCAGUAGCUUUGCCUGAAGUUGAUCAAAGACUAAACUCUACCAAUAGAAAGUACAAUUUUUUUUCUCCAUUGUGAUGUGUACAGCACUGUCUUUUACGUGUACUUAUUUGUGCAGAUAUCUGUAAGAUGAAUUCCCAUAGAGUCGUGUAGAGAACAACUAUAUAACAAUAAGACUUCUUAAAAAGAUCAGUACUGACAUGUAGAAGAAAAAUCAAGCUAUUUAUUUAAGGUAUUGGCAGAUUUGCAAAUUCAUCUAUAUCAAAAAAGAAAUGAUUCAACUAUGUCUUGUCCAUGUUUACCUGGUUUGCAUCCCUUCCUUUCCUGCCCCACAUUGAGAAUGUAUUUAACCCCUUUCCCCCACUGCCCUGCCUGUAAUGAAAUAAACUACAAACUAUUGGAGAAAACAA